CCGAGCCGGGCCGAGCCGGGCCGGGCCGUGCCGAUGGCGUUCAGCGCCUGGCAGAUCCUCUCGCCGGUGCAGUGGGCCCGCUGGACCUGGUCGGCGGUGCGGGGCGGGGGCAGCCCCGAGGACGGGGACGGCGGCGCCGCUGCUGCCGAGGAGGAUGAUGAGGAGGACGACCGGGACCCGCGGGCGGGGGGCUCGGCCCUCGGCUUCAGCUCGGACUCCACUGAUAAUUUUGAGACCCCUGAAGCAGAAACACCAACCUGCUCGCCACUCAAGGAGUUCUGCGAGCCACCAGGAUCGUCUGAGCCCGGGACCCAAGAGCCAGGUGGCCGUGGUGACCUGCUGGUAGGGGAGCCCCACUGGGACAGCUCGCCAGGGAAGCACCCCAAAGAUGAGGCUCAGCCAGAGACUGGAGCCCCCACAGCCAGUUUGGAUGCUAAAGGGGAAUCUGACCCCGAGCACUCGGCCCUGAUGCAGCCCCUGGCCGGGCUGGGCUGUAGGGCUGAGCCCACCGUGGAGCCAGCCCCCGAGCCCCAUGCAGGGGCCAUGUCAGCAGGGGACACACAGGACACUGCCACGGGGCUGGUGGAGCUGGGUGCUGAUGGCCUGGCCCAGGAACAGCUCGGGAAAGGGAAAACGCCUUCACCGGGGAGGAGAACAGCUGAAAACACAGAGGAGACCCAAGCGUCCUGCCAGCCUGACCCUGAGCAGCACGAGAGGAGUGUGAACCCCUUUGUGGCAGGGGCCUGCCAGCUGCAGAGCCUUCCCCAACACCUUCCCCAUCCUGCUGAGCUGGGGGGGGACCCAGCUCUGGGGGCCCCAGGGCAGGUCCCAAAACCUGGGGCUGAUUUUACAGAGGCUAGAGAGAGCGUGGAGGCCAAGCCAGCUUCACCCAGGAGGGGCAGCAGGAUCCCAGCCAGCAAGCUGACACCGAAGAGACACAGAGAGUCCCCCAAGAAGGCAGCUGAGGAUGUGGACAGGGGUCCCACGGAGCCUCGGGGCCCCUCCCAGCAGGGACCCCCGAGCUGGGACAGCCCUGGCCUCAGCUCCCGCAGUGGCAGCUCAGCCAUGCAGAAUUCACCAGUUCUCCCCAAGGGCUCUUACCAGUUUGACCCCGAUAACUUUGACUCCAUGGAUCCAUUCAAGCCCACCAAGACCCUUGCCAGCACCGACGCUGACUCCUGCUCCACUGCAGACAACAGCCUCAAUGAAAUCCUGGAGUCCCAGACACUGGAGAUGCAGGAGGACGCCCUGAAGGGCAGAGACUCCCCCAGGAAGCCCAAGUCACGGCUGAUAACGACUACUGAGCAAGUGAAAUUUCUCUGUUUUCUGUUGAGCGGCUGCAAGGUGAAGCCUCCCGAGGCGCAGCCCCUGGUCCUGGAUGUCAGUGCCCAGGAUGAAGGAGUGCUGAUCUCAGAAAUCCCAGACAUCACAAGCCGGGAUGGACGUGCUACUGAUGAGGAGAAGUUGGCCUCCACCAGCUCCACACAGAAACCAGCUGGGCUGGAGAAGAAGGCUGAGCCAGAGGAUGACCUGGAGUACUUUGAGUGCUCGAACGUCCCCGUGCCCGCAGGGAAGCACAGGCCAGAGGCAGGUUUUGAAAAGGAGAUCUGCACGCAGAUGGAGAAGGGAGGGCCUGGCAUCUUCCCUGACAACCCCGGGCUGUGCUCCAUGGACAAGUGCCCCAGCGUGGGCAGGAGUGAGAGUCCCCUGGCUGGAAUCUGCCUCAGCGAGUCCGAGAAGGCAGCGGUGCUCACGCUCAUCAGGGAGGAGAUAAUCACCAAGGAGAUCGAGGCCAACGAGUGGAAGAAGAAAUACGAGGAGAGCCGGCAGGAAGUGCUGGAGAUGAGGAAAAUCGUGGCUGAGUAUGAAAAGACCAUUGCCCAGAUGAUAGAGGAUGAGCAGAGGACAAACAUGACGUCUCAGAAGAACCUGCAGCAGCUCACGAUGGAAAAGGACCAGGCUCUGGCAGACCUGAACUCAGUGGAGAGGUCCCUGUCAGAUCUGUUCAGGAGAUAUGAGAACCUGAAGGGCGUCCUGGAAGGAUUUAAGAAGAAUGAAGAGGCUCUGAAGAAAUGUGCUCAAGAUUAUCUAACCCGUGUCAAGCAGGAAGAGCAGCGGUAUCAGGCCCUGAAAGUCCAUGCAGAAGAAAAAUUAGACAAAGCCAACGAGGAGAUCGCCCAGGUGCGCACCAAGGCCAAGGCGGAGAGCGCGGCGCUGCACGCGGGGCUGCGCAAGGAGCAGAUGAAGGUGGAGUCCCUGGAGAGAACCCUGCAGCAGAAGAACCAGGAGAUUGAGGAGCUGACCAAGAUCUGCGACGAGCUGAUAGCCAAGCUGGGGAAGUCAGACUGAGCCUGAGCGCCCCUCGCCCUGCACUCUGCACUUGGCUGCUUUUCCCGUGACGUUGAGCACCUUGCCUUACCCCGGAGUCCCUGCAGAAAGCUCUCGUGGCCAGCUCGGCUGCUGGAGCUUGGCUUCUGAGCAGAGCCCUCCCCUCCCUCUGCCUCCUGCUCCCAGAGCUCUGGGAUCCCUGCACAGCCGGGGGAUGCUGUGCUCAGCCUGCUCCCUGUGUCCCUCCCAGGGCCUGCCACACUGUCCCUCUGCCCCCUCUCAGCGGGGAGGUGACACCCUGGGCUCUGUCCCCGUGCUUGGGCUGGGUCUGGCUGUGUCCCCACCACUCUGUGUCAAUUCUUGUCCUCACGUGCUCAGCAGAACAGCUCCAGCCUCGUGGUAGGUCCUGCCCUGGGACAUGGUGAUGGCAGGGGACCUCUGGCUCUUGGGAAGGGGAACUGGCACUGGAGUGUCUGGUUUGUGGGUGAAGCACAGCACAGCAUCUCCCUGUCCCUGGCUGUGCCAGCCUCCGGGGAAGGGAGCUGACAUCUCUGCAUUCGUGCACUUUAUGAGCAUUUGUGGGCACUUGGGCUCUCUGCUCACUCCUUCCAGCCAGGCACGGUGCUGACCCCGGCCCCUGUUCCCCCCAGAACUGACACAGUCACAUCAGCUCUGGGGGACCUGGUGUGGGCUCGUGCAAAGCCAGGGCCGGUGCUGUUCCCUCCCUGUGCCAUGCUGAGAUCAGGGCCCCAUUUCAGAGGCUGCAGGAGGAAGGAAAUGAACCCUGAGCUGCCUCGUGGGCUCUGCAGCAGCUGCAGUGGUGAAGGAUUCUCUGCCUUGAAUGGAUAGGUGUGAAAAAGGGAAAUAUUUGCAGUUUGGACUGUUCCCUGCCCAGCCUGUUGAACACUUUCACAAACCUUUUUGCUGCUACCUUUUUGUAAGAGAAUUGAGCUCUUUUCCUUCUAUUUUCUAAUUCCCUGUGUUGAGCAUGCACAGCAAACACCUGUUUAAGCCAGAGCCAUACACUUGAUUAUAUUUUAUUAGUUAAAUAAUAUAGAGAGUUUAUUCUAGACUUAAGCAAAGUGUCAGGAGGCUGCCCCAGCACACAGCUGCCCAGGUUAUCCCAGGAUCUCCACACCCCAGGUUAUCCCAGUGACAGGCUGGUCAUGGAAGCCAGUGACAUCACUCAUAGCAGUGCACCUGUUGCUUCUGCUGGAUAUUCACCCUUUGCUCAGUUGACAGAAAAGAAAAACCCUUUUUUCCCCUCUCUUUUUAACCCCCUUGACCUCCCCCAAUGUCCCCCUCCUGGUGAAAAAGCUUCAAUCUUAUGAUCAGCAAAGACAAUUUCUGUUCCCCUUUGGGAGUCUGUGCAGGUGAAGCAAACCCCUGAGACCCAGAGAUCUCUUGUGCAGUUGGCUUUUUCUCUUGAGGAAGCAGAGUGCAGCGUUGCACAGCCUCUCAGAGGUGGUGGCAGGCUGGUUCAGGGCUGGUUUCUGGUUUGGGGCACUGCCCUGCCCGCAGCACACCCACGGUGCUGAGGCUGGUGGUGCCCAGGUGUGGGAGGCAGGUGCCAGGUGGGGACUGUGGAGCUCUCCCUUUGUGCUCUGCUCAGGGCUGUGUUGCUUGUGCUGUCUUGGCUCCAGGUGAGGCAGCCUGACCUCAGUCUCUGCUUGGGGCAUUGCCCUGGCCCUUGGAGCUGAUGGAUAAUUGCAGAAGUUUGGGCACUUCCCCAGAGCCCUGAGCAGUCACUGCUGCCCCUUUUCCCCGUGGGCUGUCUGCAAAGCCUGGCUGCACUGUGAUAACAGGGGCACAGCCCUGCACCCCUGCUGUCCCUGCUCCCGGUGUCACCGGUCCUGCUGUGCCACCUCUCACCCGGUCCUGCUGUGCCAUCUCCCCUCACCUGUCCUGCCCUGUCACCUCCCCUCACCUGUCCUGCUGUGCCAUCUCCCCUCACCUGUCCUGCCCUGUCA